GCCCCCGUGGCGAGCGGCGCCGCACGAGUCGCUUUCGCUUUCGUCCAUGGCGGCCCCCGGUGCCGGGCCCGCGAGGCGGCCGCUGGGCGCCGACUGAGCGAAGGCUCUCCGGUUCGGGCGCGCAGGGACGCCCGGAACAGCAGCGGCUCUCCAUUGGUCGCCCCAAGGACAGGCGCAAAACAAAGGCCCUUGACACCGAUCCGGCGAGGGGGGCUCGACACCCCCACCGGAGCAGUGCAGCGGCCGCUGAUCGCCGGCGCCGAUUGCCGCCUUCGGGAUGCCCGCGGCGACCUUGGCGCCAGCCCCGCGUCGCCAGUGAGCUCCCAGGCGGCCAGCCAGCGACACGCUCCCGCGCCUCCGGCCUGCCGCCCCGCGCUCCGGCAGGCCCCCCCGUGUGUGCUCCGCGCCCCCCCCAGUGAUCCGCUGUGCACCAUGCUCAAAGGAUGGUUCGACGCCUUCAGGACCGAAGGCGGUCCCACCCUGUACGCCGCGUCCAACCGCACCGCCGUCACUGAGGACAUACGGAAUAUCAUCAUCUACGUCAGCUUCUCCACGCUUUUCCUCGCCUUCCUCAUCGUCUUCCCCGGAAUACGCAAAGAGAGGCUGUCCACAUUCAUCAGCGUCACCAUAAGCCUUCUGGUCGGGGCUGUCAUCCUGAUUUCCAUCUACGGCAGCGACUGGCACGUUGCGACAGCCAUGGUCUCUAGUCCCUACCGCGCCUUCUCCAGCGACCGCAUCUCGGCCCGGGUCGGGGUCCACAUCGGCCUCAACAGCGUCAACAUCACGCUCCAGGCUACGCCGAGGUACAGCGACAGCGAAGAGAUCAACUUCAACGAGAAGUUCACAUGGUUUGGGCCGACGCAGAUCCAGAAGGACUACCGGGAGGCGCUGGUCAAGGGCCUUCCUUUCCCAAUACUCACGAUCGCCGAGUACCUGAGUCAGGACCUCGAGGGCUUCUGCUGGGGUCGGAGGUACCGCUUGGCCGGCUACUACGCUUUCGCCCUGCUUUGGACGGCAUUCGCACUGUGGCUGCUGAUGAACGUGCUGCUGUGUGCCGUGCCGCGGUAUGGCGCCUACGCCAUGCAGCUGACCGGAGCGCUGAUGCUGCUCAGCAACGCCAUCUACACGCUGCUGAUGCCUCGCAAGCCGCUGGUGAUCCCGUUCCAGGGAGGUCUGCUCCGCUUCAGCUUCGGCUGGUGCUUCUGGGCCGUCAUGGGCGCCGGUGGCAUAGCGGUUCUGUGCGGAGCGCUGGUGGCCGUGCUGGACGUGUGGUUUCCCAACAAGUUCUCCACCAUCCUCGAAGUGGACUACGACACGCCGUACAGAUACUUCGUCGGGCAGGACUACAUUGACCGGAAGCCGAGCACCGUCGCCUCUCAGCUGGGCACCAAGAUGAACGUGGUGGGGCCGGAACCGUCCUCGUCAUCCCAGGCAACCGAACUCGAGAGCUCCGACGGCAUCGUGAAUGCCGCGUACGAGGACAGCGACGACGGCAGCGUCAUCAUCGACGGCAAGAGGGCCGUGUCCUUGCACAACUUCGGCAAAUACGCUGCCAAGGAGGAAAGGCGCCGCAGUCUUCAACCGGCAUCCAGCAAGCGGUCUGUGGGAUCCAGCUUCACGCUGACGCCGGCCAAGGAUGUCAACAUCAACCUCCAGUCAGCCGCCAUGUGGUGACCAGAAUGCCCCGGCAACCAAAUGCGGACAGCGCACAGUUCUGUCGUGCGACCAGUGCAUGCGGGGACAGUGCACCGCUUGCACGCAGCGAGACGCUUUUCCUGUGUCCUCAGCGCAGACACAGAAUGUCAUGGGGGACCCAAGGUCACAAACGACAGAGCCUUUCCUCAGCUUGACUUUCAAACCCCUUCUCUUCGAACGGAAGCCACGUUUCUUGGAGUGUGUGUGCGAACGUGUUGACACAUUCUUGUUUGCAAGCUGUGUGAGCAGCAGCGUUUUUGUGCCCGUCUGUCUGGUGUGGGGGAAUGAGGUCUGUUUGCAGGAUGAAGAAUGGACAAUGGCGGAGCUAUUACCAUGGCAGCGACAGGUUGCACAAUUCAGUAGCUUGUGGAGCAGUGGCCCUUUACUCAUGAACCUGCCAAGCAAAACCCACGGUGUGGUUUCGAGACACUCCGUUUUAAAGAAAUGAUUUGCGUACUCCAUUGGCCACCAUGUUUUCAAAUGGGAGAUAGGAAACUGGACCAGCUCGUUCUAAGGGAGCAAUAAGAGCUCCGAGGACAAUUGUGAAGGCAUUGCUUCACAGCGCACUAGUCAUGGGACAAAACAGUGGGAUGUGCAUCUGUGCAAUACGUUACCUAUAUGUUCUUGUUAGUGUGACUCUGAAACACUGUUGAAACCCUUUCUCUUACCCAAUAUUAGCUUUUCAAACCCUUAACGGCAUUGCAAGUGUCAUGUGUGUCAAUCUGACACGGCAAGUGCUCAAUCAUCAGUCGCCACAUUUAACUUGCAAGUUUAAGUUUGAAAUAUAAGCUGAAGCACGUUUUCCAUGUGCAGCACUCGCUCCUGCAUUUGACCCUUGUCUCCCUCCAGUACGUGGCGGCUGAUGGAGCACUUGCACUCGUUUUUGCUCAUUCCAACAUGUACAGGGAAGCAUGUGAACAACCUGGGCGUGCAGUGUUCAGGUGCAUUGCUUGGUUGCCGGGUCUUGAAGAAGAGCAGAGAGAUGAGCAUGACACGGUCACGCCCGAGCUUAGAGCACACGUCUCUCACAGCACCGCAUGAGCCUAUACCUAUGGAAUGGACCACAACUAUGCAUAAAACCGCAUUACAAAAACCGGUAAAAUAUAUUAGCUUCUCAGCACAUAUGCAUUCGGUCAAAAUCGGGUUUUUCAAUAUUACGUGUUGCAAUUUCUUUAGAUAUCAAAAUUUAUUACUUGUUGUUCUUCACUUAAAACCAGAAAAGCAAACUUUAGAUAAAGGAAAGUCCUCGGGAAGCAGAGGUGUGAUGCUGGCUUGAUGCUCUUCCUCAACCUUGUCUCGAAUGGUCACUGAAUAGGUCCUAACCUCAUAGAAGCCUGCCAAAGCAACAGGAUGAUACCAGAAAUCCAGCAGGUACAAGCAUUUUUCUCGAAGAAACUCGUGAGCUCUGAAGCAAUGUGCUGUCCGCACAAUAUAGCAUUAUUCCCUGCUGCCUCACUCCCGGCUGCAAGCACUAGAGACUUGUCUUCAGCGUUGUGUAAAUAAGCCAUACAGAUACUCUCACAUUUGGACUAGAUGGCCUUGGCAGGAACCACAGGUGUCCAGCAAUCUGACACUCCUGGUGCACAGAUUUUUUUGUCCCUUUUGAUUUGGCCGUGCGUUCCGAAGUGUGCCGAAGUGGUUUUGGCGUGUGUUUUCCUUUGCCCGGCAUUGUUUCCUAGCAGAACGAUUGUCACUGCCUGGACGUUUGGAAGCUCCAUCCGAAGUUUGCUCUAUGGAAUGCAUUUGAUGAACAUUGCUGCCAGAGGAUGUGCUUGCUGAAGUGGAGUGUGUGGCCCAAGGGCCACGGCCAAAGCUGGCACGGAGAAAGUGAUAGACCGUCGCCAUACUUCUCAGAUAGUGUGCAUUGGACAAACGAAGGCAAAUGUUAGCAUUGUCCUUCAGCGCACCGUGUCAUGUUGAAACCGCGAUAGAACCCUGGUCAAACUUCCCCCCCAUGAGUGGUUCAGUCUCCAAAGACUGCCCUUGUUAUUCCUGGAGCCACCCCAUGUUCACAGAGUGCCACGUUCCACAGCCUCCGCCAGAGAACAAAAUGGUUGCCAGGAGCCACUGGGUAACACCACUCGCAAUACCCAAAUGCGGGUGUCGGAGAGAAACUUUGGGGCAAAACCUGGCCACCCAGUGCACACGCACCGUCAAUGGAGACUGGAGAGUUUCGGCCCUUCUCGCACUAGAGAUCAUCGAGUGCAUUCUCAGCAUAAUGGGACCCAUCCAAAAUCAUGAGCGGUAUUUCUUUAAAAAGAGCGCAACGAGAGUGUUGCCGGAAAGCAGACAAGUAUACCCCGGAACGCCAGCCAAAUUGUUCCCGCGAAAAGUAUGCGACGCACAGAACAAAGGAUGAUGUAUUGACCUCUGCCAGAGCACCUUGCCUCUCAUAGGAGAGAAGGAAGUGUUGCACGAGUGGGCACCAUGAAGUGCUGUGCUGUUCAAAUGACAUUGUAAGAAUAAGUUUCGGUUCCUCGGUUUGUGGCAGUGCACUUUAGUUGUGCGCUUUGGCCACGGAAAGCAGGACGUUGGCGCAAAGAUGUGCUCGGAUAGAAAACCAAAACCUAGAAACGCGUCCAAACUGUUUUCUCGGAACGCCGUAAAAUCCCGCAUGUGCGUUACAUCUUUCCAAACUAGGCCGAUUUAGUGAUUUUCAUAAUGCCCAACCAUUUUCUAAUUGGAACCUUACUUUAAAUUUAUUAACUAAAAAUUCAGUUACAAAGAAUAUACAAUUAUCUAAUUAGAGCAAAGGUUAUCAAUUUUCUGAAUAGGCCCUUUGGUAGAAACCAAUACGACAUCAACCAUUUUUCUGUGUGAUGCACAGUUUUUGCAGGAACGAGUUGGCCGACGUGCCGUGCCCUGUACAUUAAUACCGGGGCUCGCCUUAAAAUUGACUGGGAAAUCUAGGCUCACACGCAGUGAUCUCAAAUUUUCAUGGAAGGUAUAUUUUAGUGGUGGAUUUUACCCUUGCAAGUUUCAAGGUAUAGCUCCUUUGCUGCCAAAAAAUGAGGCCAGCACCCUUGAUGCGGUCAAUGUUGGAUGGCGGCACAGACAACCGAGUUACGUGAGAGUUUUUAAAUUAAAAAAAUUUAUAUACACCAGAUAAAAUUUUAGUUUUUGGUGACACAGCAAAUAGUCGGUCAACCAAAUAGAUCUGGGCACAGUUUCGGCUGUGACGUAUCUCAACGAAUGCCCUCCACCCCUGCAUCUCCGGAUAAGUGCAGUGAGCAGACGACAAGCUGGGUCAACCGCAGACAGCGCAGUCGUCUGCUCACUGCCCCUGUCGAGAGAUGGCGCCACAAUCGAAGCCCUCAAUGAACUCUGCCGUCUUUGUCGGCACCCACCGCAGACCGCGUGGGUCUUGUAUCGCAGAAAACACUCCUUGAAACUUGCAAAGGUAAAAUCCUCCAUGAAAAUGAAAAUUUGAGAUCGCUACAUGCAGCCACGGGUUUUUCUGGCCAGCCUUAGAGUGAGCUCCAUGACUGAUAACACUCUGCACGUGCAAAUCCAAAAAUGUAGGAAUCUAUGUCUGUGCAAUUAAUGUUGCGAGGUUUUUGUUAAACAUUUGACUUAAUAAUAAUAAUAAUAUUUAUUUGCAUACAAAAAUCUGAUCCUGAGUGGCGUGCACGGCUGUGCAGAAAGGUUAAAACCCGUACGCGAGUGCGCCUGCCAGCCCGCCACCUAGGAUUCCUUGUCUUGAAAACUAUAACAGGAUUCCUUUCACAGUCUAAAAGAAAGAAUAAUUUCAAUCUUUGAAAUCCUUCCCACCUUGUUCACAAUUUCAGAUAUAUAAAAGCCAAACAGGAGGCUCAUUAGUAUGGCGUACUACUAGCUCCGUCAAAUGAGGAUGCUCGUGUAUUCGACUUUAUAUCGAAGCUCUUUUCAACUGGAAACAUGUUACUUUACUGUCAGCUUGGCUGACCUUUUGCACGUCCCUGGGGGGCUAUGUUGCGCUUUUUGCACUCCCAGGAGACUAGGGAGAGGGAAGCGACGUCAACGACACAGCAAACGCAGAUUGGAUGUUGAUUUCGUUUUCUUCUGUCAACAUCCAAUCUGCAUUUGCUGCGUCGUUGACGUCACUUCCCUCUUCCAAGUCUCCUGGGAGUGCAAAAAGCGCAACAUAGCACCCCUGGAUGCUUCCUACUGGAAUCCAAAAUAACAUAGUGCCCUUAAAAAGAAAAAAAAAAGAGGGAAACCAUUACGAAGUGUUUGAGCAUCUGCUGAAGACAUCAGCUUUUUUUUCUUUUAAACUCGCAUUGUGCACAUAGCAGGAAAUGCCUCGUCCAACACAAUACAGGGACAGCCACUUAUCUCUUUCCCUUAACUGGAAGCACAGGGGUUGCAAAGAUGUCAGAACGCCGAGCUCUUAUUGGCUGAUUGGAAAAAAAUAGUGGGUAGACCCAAGGCAUCUAGCGUUGAGGUCUACCCACUAUCCUCCCAAUCAAGGCCACUCAGAGCUCGGCGUCGUUCCGAUGUAAUUGCAACUCCAGCACAAGAAGCAGACCACUUGCUCUCCGCACUGUUCUGUUGCAUCAACAUUUCUGGAGGACGAAAAACUGCUCCCUGCGAUUUCAGAUUAGGCCUCGGACAACUGGCAAUGCGCCAAGUGUAGCUACUCUCUAGCGUAGCUCUGUACUAAGGCUUCGACGAGAUACGGCCGAGCGUGGGAGAUGCGGCACUCUGCGAACAUGGGGCGUGCCCGGUUGUUGAUCCUGCGGGGUGGCGCUCUUCCGGCCCCACGUCCGACCCCUGUGAUGCUCUAGUCGGGGCUCCGAGAGUCCCGUGCGUGCGUGUAUGUGUGUGUGCCCGUGAGUGCCGGGAACUUGCGUCGGCCGCCUGUUCUGAGGCUGGUCCAUCAGAGGGACUCGCCCCCUUCCCCAAGAGGCAGCCGCCUGCUCCCUGCACAGGACCCCCAACGCCCUUGUGGCGCCUUUCUCAAUGUAAGCUUUGUGAUAAGCGUACGCGAAAUAAACGGAAUAACCAUC